AUGGCGGAGCGUGGCUACAGUUUCUCUUUGACUACGUUUAGCCCUUCAGGUAAACUAGUGCAGAUUGAAUAUGCACUAGCUGCUGUAGCUGCUGGAGCCCCCUCAGUCGGCAUUAAAGCUUCCAAUGGGGUGGUCCUGGCGACAGAAAAGAAACAGAAGUCUAUUCUCUAUGAUGAGCAGAGUGUUCACAAAGUGGAGCCCAUCACAAAGCACAUAGGCAUGGUUUAUAGUGGGAUGGGGCCUGACUACAGGGUUUUGGUCCGACGAGCAAGGAAGCUGGCACAACAGUACUUCCUUGUUUACCAAGAACCUAUUCCCACAGGCCAGCUUGUCCAGCGAGUGGCAUCUGUAAUGCAGGAGUACACACAGUCUGGUGGAGUGCGUCCAUUUGGGGUCUCUUUGUUGAUAGCUGGAUGGGAUGAAGACCAACCCUACCUGUUCCAGUCAGAUCCCUCAGGGGCAUAUUUUGCAUGGAAAGCCACAGCCAUGGGGAAGAACUAUGUAAAUGGAAAAACAUUCCUUGAAAAAAGGUAUAACAAUGACCUGGAAUUGGAAGAUGCCAUCCACACAGCCAUCCUAACAUUGAAGGAAAGUUUUGAAGGUCAGAUGACUGAGGAGAACAUUGAGGUUGGCAUCUGUAACGAGGCCGGGUUCAAGAGACUGACCCCAGCAGAAGUCAAAGACUACCUGGCAGCCAUCGCAUAG